AUGCACACUCAUCAACUUAUGCAAAUAUGCCUUGGGCCUCAGCCGCACCAAUAUGGGCCGGUGGCGGGCCGAAGCGUCGACAAAGCCGCGUAUCGCCAAGAAGAGGUCAAACUGCAGGAGGAAUUGCUGAAAUUCUGCCCAGCAGACUUGUGGCAUGAUGGAUCAUACUCCGCUGGCUGUCCAAGACCGAUUCUUCUGAACAAAUACCAUCAGAAACAUCUGGAAGAAUUGCACGAGGCUCUAACCAUUGCCAUCGUCGACAUCGUCCAGCGUUGGUGGACAGAUAAGAGUGCACGGUUUCCGGAACGGAUGCCCUUGGAGGCUGAGGAGGAGGAGUUGUUAAAGUGGAUAGAGAGCCAGGUUUUGGCCGGCAACCUUCCUGAAUUUUCAAAGUGCCUAGGUUCGUGGCGACCAGACUUCUUGGUUGAAGAGGAUGAGCACCAGACGGAAAACUAUCGUAUUACGGAAAUCAACGCGCGCUUUUCCUUUAAUGGAUUUAUGCAUGAGUCUUAUGGCCAACGAGCCCUGAACAACUCCGUAGAAGGAGACGCAAGCGAACUGAUCGGUGCCACCGAUCCGAAUAUGAUAGUGGAUGGUCUCUUCGGCCUGUUUCAACCAGACCAUGUCCUGCACCUUCUGAAAGGUGCUGAACACGGAAUUGACAUUCACAUGUUUGUUGACGCAGUCAGACGUCGCUUCGGAAUCAACCCCCGCUUGGUCACGCCAGCUGAGCUGAGACUGUUAUCGGAUCCUCGCAGCAAGAGCGGAUAUCGCUUAUGCUGUGUCGUGGAGCACGCGGUGUCCCCGACCAAUGUUUGGACAUAUACGACAAAGGAGGGCGAAGUGUGGGAGGAAAUCCACCAGAUCGGUCUGGAGCUGCAUCAACGAGAGCUGUCGGCUCUGGAGCCUGAGAUCCUGCGUCAGAUCAGCCUACGUUGCUUCAAUGACAUGCGCACAAUCUUGCUAGUCCAUGACAAGCGAAUGCUGGGCAUUAUCAAGCAAGAGAUCCCAGAUUUGGUGGCCCGCAGGGUGCUGACACCAAUGCAAGCACAUGUUUUAGGUAAUGGUGUUGUGGAUACGAUCCUCCCGGGCUCGGGAGAGCUACAAGACCUUAUUCAGGCGUCGAUCACAUCUCCCCAGCUGAGAUAUGGUUACAUUUUAAAGCCGAUCCGAAGCGGUAAAGGUGACGGAAUAGUCUUUGGUGAGGAUGUUGGGGAGGAUAGAUGGAUGUCAAUUCUGCAGGAGCAUGUCUUACCCAAGAUAGUGCCAGGGGUUACUUGCGUAGUACAGCGACGUAUCAUCCCGCGUGAAUACGACCUUGUCUUGAAGGGACUGGAGGGGAGGGUUCGAUAUCCUCUUGUUGGUACUUACCAUGUUGCGAAUGGGAAGCUACUUGGCCUUGGGACUUGGAGGGCUAGCGGGGGGCGAAUUGUCGCUGUUUCUUCUGGGGGCUCUUGGAUCUGUUCCGUGAUGAGACGAGAUUGA